AUGUUGCGAUAUGCCCGACACAUCUCAGGCCAUCUUACAGCGCUCUAUGAUGAUACAUUCAAGUCAGGAGAUCCGCGAGUAGAGCUAUGGCCGCUGAUGGCCAGUCCGAUGCCGACGAUUGGCCUGUGUCUGGCGUACGUGUGUCUGGUCAAGUGGGCCGGACCGUGUUUAAUGAAACGCCGACAGCCUUUCAACAUUCGAACUGUCAUGGUCGUCUACAACUUCGCCAUGGUUCUCCUGAGCCUGUAUCUUUUUGUGAAGUUGGGCAUUUACGGAUGGUUUGGCAGCUACAAUUACCGCUGCCAGCCAGUCGACUACAGCCAGGAGUCCAUUGAGAUGGCCAGCAUUUGCUGGCUAUACUUUUUUAGUAAGUUUUUGGAAUUUCUCGACACCUUCUUCUUUGUGGCUCGAAAAAAGUUUUCGCACGUUUCCACUUUGCACGUGAUCCACCACAGCGUUAUGCCCAUAAGCACUUGGUUCGGUGUCAAGUUUACACCAGGUGGACACAGCACCUUCUUUGCAUUCAUAAACUCCUUCGUUCACAUCAUUUUGUACGUGUACUACGGAGUCUCUGCUAUGGGACCACAAAUGACGGGUUAUCUCUCGCGGUGGAAGCGCUACAUAACGGUCAUUCAAAUGGUGCAGUUCAUCGCCAUCUUUGUGCACUCCUUUCAGCUGCUCUUCAACAGAGAGUGCGACUACCCUCGUGGAUUUAUGUGGUGGAUUGGCUUCCAUGCUGUACUCUUCUGGUUCCUCUUUUAUGACUUCUACAAGAACGCCUACAGCAAAU